UGUCAACUGAAGCAGACUCCACAAACUGAACCGGUCGUUGUGACAGAAACAUGGCGGCCUUCAGUAAAUAUGUGACUGCGAAGAACUCCUCGAUAGCAGGUGGCGUUUUACUGGUUUUAUACCUGCUGAAGCACCGACGACGGACGGCCCGGCAGGACGGUAGAAAAGGAGGCUCAGAUCUAGCGCUGAACACUGAGAAAGAUGGAAGCAGAAAAGACAGAGCAGUGGUGGACAAGGUUUUCUUCCUCCGAAUCCUCCGGAUUCUGCGGAUCAUGGUUCCUCAACUCUUCUGCAAGGAGACCGGAUACCUUAUCCUUAUCGCCGCCAUGUUGGUGGCCAGGACCUACUGUGACGUGUGGAUGAUCCAGAACGGCACCAUGAUUGAAAGUGGUAUAAUAAGCAGAGACAUGAGUCUGUUCAAGAAGCACUUUUAUUCCUACAUAUCAGUCAUACCAGGGAUUGCCUUGGUGAACAACUUCCUGAAGUUGGGCCUGAACGAGUUGAAGCUGAGGUUUCGAGAGAGGCUCACAAAGAGUUUAUACGACCAGUACCUGCAAGGUUUCACCUUCUACAAAAUGGGGAACCUGGACAACCGGAUAGCCAACGCAGACCAGCUGCUGACACAGGAUGUGGAGAAGUUCUGCAACAGUGUGGUGGACCUGUACUCCAACCUCAGCAAGCCUCUGUUGGACAUCGGUCUGUACAUCUUCAAGCUGACAAGUGCCAUCGGUGCUCAGGGCCCAGCCAUCAUGAUGGCCUACCUGCUGAUCUCUGGUCUGUUCCUGACCAGACUGAGGAGGCCAAUAGGAAAGAUGACAGUGACGGAGCAGCGCUACGAGGGAGAGUACCGCUACGUCAACUCCCGCCUCAUCACCAACAGUGAGGAGAUCGCCUUCUACAACGGGAACACGAGGGAGAAACAGACCAUCCACUCCACCUUCAAAAAGCUGGUGGAUCACCUACACAACUUCAUCUUCUUUCGUUUCUCCAUGGGGUUUGUGGACAGUAUAAUAGCCAAGUACCUGGCCACUGUGGUGGGUUACCUGGUGGUCAGCCGGCCAUUCCUAAACCUGUCCCACCCCCGACACCUGCACAGCACACACUCUGAGCUGCUGGAGGACUACUACCAGAGUGGGAGGAUGCUGCUGAGAAUGUCCCAGGCCCUGGGCAGGAUUGUACUGGCUGGUCGAGAGAUGACCCGCCUCUCAGGGUUCACGGCUCGCAUCACUGAACUCAUGAAAGUCCUGAAAGAGCUGAAUGCUGGGAAAUAUGAGCGCACCAUGGUCUCCCAGCAGGAGAAGGAGUUGGACGCUGCAGAGAAACUCGUCCUGGUGCCUGGAAGUGGUCAAAUUAUCAACAGAGACAACAUCAUCAAGUUUGACCACACUCCACUAGCUACACCCAAUGGAGACGUCCUGAUCAGAGACCUCACAUUUGAGGUUCGGUCUGGUACCAAUGUUCUUGUGUGUGGACCAAACGGCUGUGGAAAGAGCUCCCUGUUCAGAGUGCUGGGAGAGCUGUGGCCUCUGUUUGGAGGAAGCCUGACAAAACCUGAGAGAGGGAAGCUCUUCUAUGUCCCACAGAGACCCUACAUGACUCUGGGCUCUCUGAGGGACCAGGUCAUCUACCCCGACACCUAUGAAGAGCAGAGGAGGAAAGGCAUCUCUGAUCAGGUGUUGAAGGAUUACCUGGACAACGUUCAGCUGGGUCACAUCCUGGACAGAGAGGGCAGCUGGGACUCAGUCCAGGACUGGAUGGACGUCCUCAGUGGAGGGGAGAAGCAGAGGAUGGCUAUGGCCAGACUGUUCUACCAUAAACCUCAGUUUGCCAUAUUGGAUGAGUGCACCAGUGCAGUGAGUGUAGACGUGGAGGAUUACAUCUACAGCCACUGCAGGACGGUGGGCAUCACCUUGUUCACAGUGUCCCACAGAAAGUCUCUGUGGAAGCACCACAAGUACUAUCUCCACAUGGACGGCAGAGGAAAAUACGAGUUCAAGCCCAUCACAGAGGAGACAGUGGAGUUCGGCUCCUAACUGCUGAGGAUAUCCCAGAAUGCACUGCUCUGAUGAAACCAGUCCAUUGAUUCUUUGCACUCGAGACAGAAGUUAUAGCUAAACCUAGAGAAUAAUGUUUUUAAUCAUUUGUAACUCUCAGCCUUGUUUCUCUUUUUAUGGAAAGGAUCUAACCAUUAAUUUGUUCAGUGUGAUUAUAAAACAUCUGUAAUUUAUGUUGCCAACAUCUGGGUGUGUUGUACACACUGGAGACGAGUGAGUGAAGUGAACAGCUGGAGUCAGCUCAGCUGUAAUGUAGCUCAGUCUGGCUAGGAGACUGAGGAACCAUGUUCCACAGUAAACUGGAUGGAUGUAUGUACUGUAGUAUAUACUGCAGUAUUACUACAGUAUAUACUCUGUAAGUAUAUACAUGAGGUGAUGGUUCAGAGCAUUAACUGUGAUCACAUGAUCACAUCACAGUGAUCUGUGGGUAAGACUUUGUUCCUCUGUCUGUUCCUUCCUGACUCUUCAUCAAAAAAAAAAAAAAAAUAUAUAUAUAUAUAUAUAUUUUUUUUUUUUUUUUUUUUUUAUAUAUAUAUAUAUGAGUCAUGAAUCAUCACAACCACAAAAUCAGAACGUCAGAAUGGCAGAGACAACAGAAAUCAUUCCUGGUAAAACUGGCUUUAAUUAAAAUUAAAAUGACCAUUAGAUCAUGGUCUUCAUCACAUCAUCAUCAGAUCUUUAUCUCUAGAUAACGUGAUAAUUAAUCAGUAAUAACGAGAUGAAGGACCUAGGAAAUCAACAGCAGCUGCUGGAGCUCCAGGACAAACAGGAAGUGAACAACCUGGUUCAGAGGAGACAGAUGUUAGACCGACCUCUGACCCUCCAGUCGCUGUACGUAAACAUUCCUCCUCUAAUAUGUUUGAUGAGUAUCAAUAACGUUAAUCUGUCAUUGAUCUGUGGUGGGAGCUGACAGGUGGACCUUAGACCUGGUCUCUCUGAUAAACAGUCAUGUGACCAAACCACUGAGGAGGAGCUGAGAGUGGGCGGGGACUGUCAGAGGAAACAGGAAGUGAUGUAAGCUUGCUCCACCUUAGAGACACAGCUCGGUCUAUAUUCACAUGAACUUCACUCUGAUCUGGUUUAAACUACAGUCAUUAACUGAUCAACACUGAUCAAUCAUCAAACACCAUGAAUAAAUAAUGAGCCAGUGAAGAGGGUCAGUCAGUUUAUUCCUCUGCGUUUGUUGUGAUCAGCUCAGGUGAGGAAACUGAAGUGAAAUCUGAUUGGUGGAUUAGCUCAGAUGAAGUAACAUGAUUGGUCCAAACUCAGAAAACAUCAAAGUUUCAUUAUUAUUAUUAAUUAUUAUUAUUUUCAUAUUAUAAUCUGAUAGUUAGCAUUUCCCAUGAAUGAAUUUCUGUUGGAUUUAAUAUAUUUCUGGGUGUUGGAUGAAAAAUUGUUGAUAAUUGUUAAUUUGAUUUAACAGGAGCUCAGUGGCUCUAAAGUGCAAUGAUGGCUUCUCGCAGUACGACAUCAGACCCCCCCUCUGCCAUGACCCCCCUGUCUCUGUCACACUAAUACACUGAAUACACUGUAACUGUAUGUGAGGAUGGAGAGGAGCCUAGCUGUACCAUGGUUUUGUAAUAAUACUGCAUUAAUAAUAAAGUGUAGGAGUAAUGAG